AUGACCAGCGCCGGUGACGUUAGCUAUCCCAACCCCAACGGGAACAACGCGAAAGACAUCUUUACCAACGGGCCCAUCAUGGACAACAUCAAGACCGAGGCAUCCCGCGCCGGAAACGAGUUCCGUGACCUGAAGAACUCCAAAGUGACCCCCUCGAGCACUGCCUCCACCGGACAACCCUUGACCUACUACCACUCUCUGCUGUACAGCCUGUUGAGCUGGGAGCAACCUCGCGCUACGGCCACCUCGUAUAUCAGUGUUAUCACCUUCAUCUUCGCCGCCCGUUACCUGCCUCUUCUCCGCUGGGUCUUCAAGUUGGCCUACGUCGCUUUGGGAUUUACCGCGGCAUUCGAGAUUGGUGGUAGAUUGGCUUUCGGUCAGGGUCUUUCGAGCUCGUUCCGUCCCCGCAAGUACUACACUGUCCCCAAGGAGACCAUCGAAGCUGUCCUGGAAGACCUCGUGCAGCUCCUUGACUUUGGACUUCUCGAGUUCCAGCGUGUCCUAUUCGUUGAGAACAUCGCUCACACCGUUGCGGCCUUCUUCGGUGCUUUGAAUGCCUACUGGUUGAUCAAAUUCCUUCCUUUCUGGGGCUUGUCUCUGAUCGUCGUCACCAUUGCUUACUUCGGCCCUCUCACCUACAUGAACCAUAGUGAAGUGAUCGACGCUCACAUCGAAGAAGCCCAGUCGAUCGUCAACACCCAUGCCAAUCAGCUGAAGGACCUGGUCGAAGAGCGAGCGGCCCACGCGACAGGUAUUGUCAAACAGUACUUGGAUGACUACAGCAACAAGGCCUCGGAUUUCAUUACUCCCCGCCCGCGUUCCGCAUCGCCCGAGUUGAGAAAGGUCUCUAGCCCUGUGAUCAAGAAGGAGCCCAGCGCCGAGCCCGAACUUAAGCCAUCCGCCUUCCCCGAAGCUCCGAAGGAAGAACCCGUGUACGAAUCCAUCGAACAGAGGGAGCCUCUCUUGGCAGCCUAG